AUGGCUGCAAGGAACCGUCUUUUUGAUGUAAAGGAGAAUGAUAAGGCAGUGCUUUGGUUAUGGAUUUCUCAUAAUGAAGUGAAUUUAAGACUGGCUGGUGAUGUAACUGAGGAUCCGGAACAUCCUAAAAUACAAUUUCCAAGUGUUGCAAAGUGUCCAGAGUGUAGACUUGUUAGAGGUGCUUGGAAUUUACCAGCAGUAUAUCAGUAUCUUCAAAAAGUUUAUGGUUCCGGAAAUAUACAAAGUGGAAGAAGAUUGGCACAGUCUGAUGUAGCAGCAAGUCCCUUCUCCAGCUUGGACAUUGGAAUGUUAAGCCUCUUGUAUAUGACGGCC